UUAUUUUACUGUAAGGUGAAAGAGUGACGGUGCUGCUCAUGGACCCACAUAAUGAUUAACAUUAAGAUCAGAAAGAGUACAAAGGUGUGUUUAUUAUGUUGUAUAUUGGGAAAGGAGUAGUAGCUGGUUCUUGUCACAGAGGUCCUGUUAUCACUCACUCACACACAACUGAUAGAUCCUAAACAUCAGGGAUCAAACGGGACCAGACCGGCUUUUAUAGUCGAAUAGUUCUGGUGUAGAGGAGAAGUGACCAGAAGUGGUCCAGAGCAGAGGUCAGUCUCAGUCUUGUGCAUAUUAUCAUUCUUUUUUCUCAGAUUUUAAACUAACUAAUUGUGGCAUACCCGUGUGUAUUACCCUUUGAAAAAUAACUAACGUCUAUGCGCAUAGCAAUCAGGGCACUAGCUGUAUAACUGUAUGUUUGCUUUUAGAAAAUUAAAGCUCAAACUCAAGUAUUUGUUGUGUAAUGUUCUUGCUAAACAGUUUCUAACAUUUAGUUUAAGUUGAGCUGAAGUAUUUUUAAUGUUAUUGUUUAUUUGUCAGUGACGUAUGGAAGUGGAACAAGUCUGAUGCCACUUGGCAAACUACCAGCCAACCUAACCCACUUUGGAUUGACCUGCUUCAAGGUUUUUACAAAGUGUGUGUGCAAAAAGUCUAAAGGCCAGGCAAAAUAGAGCUUUCAGUGUUAGUGCCAGGCGUGAGAAAAAAUUAAUCUGAGGAGGAAGUUUUGUAUUUGUUUUGGGCAUUUCGAGAAUGAACUCGACAUUUAUUUCAGGAUUAAUCUGCCUCUAUGCCUUGUGUUGAUGAAUUGGUGAAAUAGUUUUACAGAAUCAGGGUUGGUAACUUCUAAUUUCUCUUUUUGUGCAUAAAUACGGUGUGGUAUUAUGUAUGAGGACUUUGAACAGAUUGUGUUCGGUUGGAGAACAAACACAAACUUAAGGACGUACAAACACAGUAGCUAUCCUAUAUAUGAUGAUUUGUUUUCCUCCCUAAUACUCUUCCGCGGCAUUACAAUUACAAAAAAGCGUAAUGUUUUAUUUUCUCCAUCCUCACACCUCACCAUCUUCAUCUUCCUAUCAGUGUUUCCAAUGGGUGGAGGGGCCACCAGGCUAUACAGCGCCCUCACUCCGUCCCACAGCAGCUCUCCUCUCCCCCUCCCCACGUCACACCAGACUGCGGACACAAAGCUGGAUCCGUCUUUCUGCCAGGAGCAGAAGGGGCCCCCUGUAUGUCCGGUGGAGCUGCUUCGACAGUGUGAGGAGGCCCUCAGGGGCCGACCGCCUCGCUUCCACAGGAAGUUCACACACCUCAAUGGUGGAGACAGCGCCCCCAGCAGCCCCAUCAGGGUGAUGCAGUGGAACAUACUGGCCCAAGCUCUCGGCGAGGGACUUGAUAGUUUUGUCCAGUGUCCCCCGGAGGCCCUCAGCUGGUCCCGCAGGAAGUUCCUCAUCUUAGAGGAGAUCCUCACCUACCGACCUCAUAUCCUGUGUCUGCAGGAAGUCGACCACUACUAUGACACCUUCCAGCCGGUCCUGGCAGGCCUGGGUUACAGCGGCAACUUUUGCCCCAAACCCUGGUCGCCGUGCCUGGAUGUGGAGGGCAACAACGGCCCCGAUGGCUGCGCACUGUUCUUCGAUGAGUCGCGGUACGAGUUCCUGGACAGCGUGAACCUACGACUCUCCGCCAUGAGGAUUCCAACCAAUCAGGUUGCUGUGGUGACAAUGCUGCGUUGUCGGAGCACAGGGAGAUGCUUGUGCGUAGUGGUGACCCAUCUGAAGGCUCGUUCUGGCUGGGAGUGGCUCCGUAGCGCCCAGGGCUCUGACCUCCUGCGACACCUCCAGAGUCUGCUCCAGAAACACGCCGGCGACCCCGCGGACGCCCAAAUCUCCGACAUUCCUCUGUUAAUAUGUGGAGACUUCAACGCAAUCCCAACUGAAGAGGUGUACCGACGUUUCACCACGUCGCCUCUCGGUUUGGACUCGGCCUAUAAGAAACUCAGUGAGGACGCUUUGACUGAGCCGGAGUACACUACGUGGAAGAUUCGGCCUACGGGGGAAUGCUGCACCACUCUGGACUACAUCUGGUACAGCCAAAACACCCUGAGAGUGGACGCAGUUUUGGACAUGCCCACUGAGGAACAGAUUGGGCCAAACAGGCUCCCGUCCUUUAGCUAUCCGUCUGACCAUCUCUCUCUGGUUUGUGACUUUAGCUUUAAGGAGAAGGAGUAAGGUGAACCAGCACACAGGAAGGGAAGACACUGAGAAGGCACAGUCUAGACUGGCUGCUGGUUGGCUACACUUUACAAGAAAGCGUGCGAUUGAGACGCCACGUUGAUGAAGACACGACAAAGAAACACCAGAGUGGGAAGUCUGUUAUUGUGACCGGAUGGAAAAAUCAGAUAACUUUUGACGCAGAAGUUGCAGAGAUGCACACUGCAACAACAAUCUACCUCCCCAUGGUCUAACACUUUGCGAGUGCGUUUUCUGCACCAGGUUACUGAUCUGGACCGUCAUCUGUACUCAAACACAAAUUGCACAGUGAAAAUAAUGAAUAAGACUGGAAACUUGUUUGUUUUUAUUAAAUAUAUAUUCGGGUCGCUAUAUAAUAGUAUUGGCGAUUACAUGAUAUUUAAUUAAUACAUAUUCAUAUAGUAAAUGGACAUUUAUAUAGCGUCUUUCUCAUCUCCCGAACCACUCAAAGUGUUUUUACACUUGUCAACAUUUACCCAAUCACACACACCUCCUGAGCCACAGCUGCCCCAUGUUAAUAUUACACAUAUGAUAACAUUGUGUAAAUAAUCCAGCACCUCCCUAAAUCCUUUCAGUUUCUUUCUAUUCUCUCUUUGUCUCCGUCCCCCAACGCCUUACCCACAAAUGAGUAAUUCCUUAAUAAAAAAGGUUAAAGAUGAA